GGUAACUUAGCCCUGGCUCUGUAUAUUGGUUUUCUGACUUCCGGUGCUGAAUGCAACGCAACUUCCUCUUUAGACCGGUGCAAUGGCGGCUGGUACUCUGUAUACAUACCCCGAAAACUUUCGGGCACAAAAGAUCCUUAUUGCAGCCAAGUACAGUGGUACACAAGUCACCGUGGCAAAUGAUUUCAAGUUAGGGGAGAGUAACAAAAAUGAAGCAUUUUUGAAGAAAUUCCCAUUAGGCAAAGUAAGUAUCUUUUAUCUUGUCAGUGUGCGCAACACCGAGAGAGCCAAGGAAGAUAUCAAGAAGGCACUGGGUGUUCUCAACACUGUUCUAAGAACCAGGACGUUCCUUGUGGGAGAGAGAGUCUCUCUGGCAGAUAUAGUUGUUGCUUGCGAUUUGCUUAUGCUGUACAAGAUGGUUCUUGAUCCAGCUUUCCGCCAACCAUACCAGAAUACAAAUCGUUGGUUUACCACUCUAGUUAACCAGCCAGAAUUUAAAGCAGUUCUCGGUUCUGUUGUAUUGUGUGAGAAAAUGGCACAGUUUGAUGCUAAAAAGUUUGCAGAACUCUCUGGAGGAGGCAAAGAUAAAGGAGGUAAAAAAGAAAAGAAGGAGCAGCAGCCCAAGCAACAACCGAAGGUAUAGCUUACAGUGAUAAUGA